AUGAUCCCCGCCAACGCCUCCGCCAGAAAGGGGCCCGAGGGCAAGUACCCGCUGCACUACCUCGUGUGGUACAACCGCUACCGCGAGCUGGAGAAGGAGGUCCGCGCCGGCCAGGUGGACAUCGAGCAGCUGGAUCCCCGUGGUCGGACCCCCCUGCACCUGGCCACCACACUGGGGCACCUCGAGUGUGCCCGUGUGCUCCUGGCACACGGUGCAGAUGUGGGCAGGGAGAAUCGCAGCGGCUGGACAGUGCUUCAGGAGGCUGUAAGUACCCGGGACUUGGAGCUGGUGCAGCUGGUGCUGCGAUACCGAGACUACCAGCGGGUCGUGAAGCGGCUGGCGGGCAUCCCUGUGCUCCUGGAGAAACUGCGGAAGGCCCAGGACUUCUACGUGGAGAUGAAAUGGGAGUUCACUAGCUGGGUGCCCUUGGUGUCCAAGAUCUGCCCUAGUGACACCUACAAAGUGUGGAAGAGUGGGCAGAACCUACGGGUAGACACCACACUCCUGGGCUUUGACCACAUGACGUGGCAGCGAGGGAACCGCAGCUUUGUCUUCAGGGGCCAAGACACAAGCGCUGUGGUCAUGGAGAUUGACCACGACCGCCGCGUGGUAUACACAGAGACACUGGCACUGGCCGGGCAGGACCGUGAGCUGCUGCUGGCUGCUGCCCAGCCCACUGAGGAGCAGGUGCUGAGCCGACUCACCGCGCCUGUUGUUACCACACAGCUUGAUACCAAGAACAUCUCCUUUGAGAGGAACAAGACUGGCAUCCUGGGCUGGCGCAGUGAGAAGACUGAGAUGGUGAAUGGGUACGAAGCCAAGGUGUAUGGGGCAUCUAACGUGGAGCUCAUCACCCGGACACGGACAGAGCAUCUUUCAGAACAGCACAAGGGCAAGGUCAAAGGUUGUAAGACACCUCUGCAGUCCUUCCUGGGAAUUGCUGAACAGCACGGGGGCCCCAAAAAUGGGACCCUGGUCACUCAGACUCUGAGCCAAGCCAACCCCACUGCCAUCACCGCAGAAGAAUACUUCAACCCCAGCUUUGAGCUUGGCAACCGUGACAUGGGCCGCCCCAUGGAACUGACCACCAAGACACAGAAGUUCAAGGCCAAGCUGUGGCUGUGUGAGGAGCAUCCCCUGUCCCUGUGUGAGCAGGUGGCCCCCAUCAUUGACCUCAUGGCUGUCAGCAAUGCGCUUUUCGCCAAGCUCCGGGACUUUAUCACCCUGCGCCUGCCUCCUGGCUUCCCCGUCAAGAUUGAAAUCCCGAUCUUCCAUAUCCUCAAUGCCCGCAUCACCUUCGGAAACCUCAAUGGUUGCGACGAGCCGGUGCCAUCUGUGCGAGGCAGUCCCAGCAGUGAAACCCCUUCCCCAGGCAGCGACUCCUCCAGUGUCAGCAGCUCCAGUUCUACGACCUCCUGCCGCGGCUGCGAGAUCUCCCCGGCAUUGUUUGAGGCCCCACGAGGCUACAGCGUGCUGGGCGGCCAGCGGGAGGCGGUGGCCCGAGACGACGACGACGACCUGCUGCAGUUCGCCAUCCAGCAGAGCCUGCUUGAGGCGGGCAGCGAGUAUGACCAGGUCACCAUCUGGGAGGCGCUAACCAACAGCAAGCCAGGCACCCACCCUAUGUCCUACGGUCGACGGCAGGACAGGAGCGCCCCGCCCACCCCGCAGCGCCAGCCCGCCCCCCCGGCGGCCCCUGCGUCGGUCCCCAGCCCUCGGCCGAGCCCCGGCCCAGGCCCUGGCAGCCCCGUGUUCCGGAGCUACGACGAACAGCUGCGCUGGGCCAUGGAACUGUCGGCGCGGGAGCAGGAGGAGCGGCGGCGGCGCGCACGCCAGGAGGAGGAGGAGCUGGAGCGGAUCCUGCGGCUCUCACUGACUGAGCAGUAGCGCCCCCUGCCGGGUCCCUCGGCCACGCCACGCGGGACCCGCCCCAGACCCAGAGAAA